AUGGGGUCGGACUCAAGGGAGUAUUUAGUUAAAAGCUUUUUGCAACCUCCCAAAUACUAUCAUUUAUAUGAGUCCUAUGAUGAAGCGAAAACCGAAUUUUCUUUGUCCAUUUCAGAACUAAAAAGCGAUUGUUUGCUUCCCCCUAAAAUUCCUAAGUCCUUUAAGGUUUUCGGGUAUCUUUACUCAAGUAAAACAGGUAAUGAGAGGGAAAAUUUUGUGUACAGUAAUAGCACACGCCUCCCCUGGGAAAGUAUUAGUUUCAAAGAAAAUAAUUUACGGCUUCCUCCCCCUCACGAAGCUGUGAGUUACUCGGCUGAAAUUAAAAAAUCGACUUUAAGCGUCCUUAUUGAAUAUUUAAAAUUGUUAAAAAUACUUUCUAAAAGUCCUGAUAAGUUUCUAGGGCCAGUACUGGUUGUUCAAGAUUUGUUGGAUCAUAUCUAUGCUACAGUAAACGUCAUUCGACCUCACCAGGCGCGAGAAACUCUUAUAGAAAUACUCAAGUUACAACGUAAUCAAAAGUUUAAAAUUAUCUCCGAAGUUGUAAACACUCAGAAAGAAGCAGCAAGCAUAUUAGAUAUUGCAGUCGAAGCAUAUAAUAAUAUUGAGAAGGUCGAGGAGCAGUAUGAAGAGUGGGCUAAAAUGACCUGAGGCUUUGCAUAUGUUGAACACCGUGAGAGUGUCCAUGCUUGCGCUCAGCUGAAUCUAAAACUUAACACAUGAUCUAUAAAGAAAACCGUUUCAGUCAUUAUGUUUUUAUUCGCUACUAAAAAAAU